AUGUUCGGCUAUAAGCUCUUCGCUUUCGCCGCGCUUGCGCUGGCUGUUGUCGCCACGGAGUCGUGUGCUCCCAUCACUGUUACCGCUACCGUCACCGACUGCAACUGCAGCACCAAGCCUGGAGAGCCCGCUCCCACCUCCUCAGUUUCAGUUGGCCUGCCCGGUACCACGAGUGUUGUCCAGUUUUUUCCAGAACAGCCAACUUCAGGUGCUGCUCCCUCGGGUCCUGGUGCCGUCUCGACUGCCUCCGCAUCUGCUACCGUCGUCGUUCCCCCUGCCUCUGAGUCUGGUGCCCCUGUCUCUCAGUCCGGCGCUCCUCAGUCGUCAGAAGCUUCCGCUACUACCACGGUCGAGGUUCCGUUGUCCUCAGGCGCGCCUAGUGAGCCUGAGCCAAACACCGUCUCGACCGCCGCAGCCGCUCUCGCAACACCUCUCGGUAUGGGCUCGUUCGUCGCCAUGGGCGCCGCAGCCUUGGCUGUGGUCGUCUAA